UCAAAAAUUUUGUGGAAGAAAAGUUUAGGCAAGUUCAUUCGAAUUUUCCUCCACGCCUCCCGGCUCUAUAUAUAAGGCUCUCGCCUCUCUUUCCCCUUUCGUAUAGCCGUUCCUUCGGAAUCGCCCCCAUUUUUCUUCGGAACAAAGUGCACGUUCAGCAGAUCUUUGGCGGAUGGCUGAUGCCGAGGAUAUCCAACCUCUCGUCUGCGACAAUGGCACUGGAAUGGUCAAGGCCGGCUUUGCUGGAGAUGAUGCACCUAGGGCAGUUUUUCCUAGCAUUGUAGGCCGACCUCGCCACACUGGUGUCAUGGUUGGGAUGGGCCAGAAGGAUGCCUAUGUAGGUGAUGAGGCCCAGUCGAAAAGAGGAAUCCUUACCUUGAAGUAUCCGAUCGAGCAUGGUAUUGUUAGCAACUGGGAUGACAUGGAGAAAAUCUGGCAUCACACCUUUUACAAUGAACUCCGUGUCGCCCCUGAGGAGCACCCUGUGUUGCUCACUGAAGCUCCUCUCAACCCCAAGGCAAACAGAGAAAAGAUGACCCAGAUUAUGUUUGAAACCUUCAAUGUGCCUGCCAUGUAUGUUGCCAUCCAGGCCGUCCUCUCCCUCUAUGCCAGUGGUCGCACAACUGGUAUUGUGCUGGAUUCUGGUGAUGGUGUGAGUCACACCGUCCCAAUUUAUGAAGGAUAUGCUCUCCCUCAUGCCAUCCUUCGUUUGGAUCUUGCUGGUCGUGAUCUGACCGAUGCCUUGAUGAAGAUCCUUACCGAGAGAGGUUAUUCCUUCACUACCACUGCAGAACGGGAAAUUGUCAGGGACAUGAAGGAGAAGCUUGCCUAUGUUGCCCUUGACUAUGAGCAAGAGCUGGAGACAGCUAAGAGCAGCUCCUCUGUCGAGAAGAGCUAUGAGCUGCCUGAUGGGCAGGUGAUUACCAUCGGGGCAGAGAGAUUCAGGUGCCCGGAGGUGCUCUUCCAGCCAUCCCUGAUCGGCAUGGAAGCUGCUGGAAUCCAUGAGACCACUUACAACUCCAUCAUGAAGUGUGAUGUGGAUAUCAGAAAGGAUCUGUACGGCAACAUUGUUCUCAGUGGUGGUUCAACUAUGUUCCCUGGUAUUGCCGAUCGUAUGAGCAAGGAAAUCACGGCCCUUGCCCCGAGCAGCAUGAAGAUUAAGGUGGUUGCCCCUCCCGAGAGAAAGUACAGUGUCUGGAUUGGAGGUUCUAUCCUUGCCUCUCUUAGCACUUUCCAGCAGAUGUGGAUAUCAAAGGGAGAGUACGAUGAGUCUGGUCCUUCGAUUGUUCAUCGGAAGUGCUUCUAAAUUCCCAGGGUUAUUGUCUCUUCUCUCUUCAAGCGGCUUUUGAGUGAGUCAUAUAAGCUUUUCUAGUUGAGAUUGUUGUGGUUUUCUUGAGGAUCUGUUAAAUUUGCUUGGGUCAUGUAUACUUAGAUAUUAUCAGUAUAUUUCAUGGAUGCCAUUAGAUCAGCACUCGAUCUUCAUUCUUAUUUUGUUCCAGCUGUGUAGGCUGUUGCUGUAUGGUAGUACUAGCACAGUAUCUAAUUAUCAAAUUUGGUUUUUGGUUUUUAGAUCUAGCAGCUUGAUGUACCUGUCUAUUUAUUUUUAAUUGCUUGUUAAUAUAUUGUGUGUCGAAGUUUGAGGCA